AACACGAGGUCUUGUCGAGCGAGCGUGUGGGAAAACGGACGGAUGUCGGAAGCGUCAGGGGCGUCGGAAUGUUGCGGCCUGCCGUUCAGGACUGUUCAGGAUUGUUCAACGUGUCCACCAAGUUGGCACCAACCCCUCCAACCCUGACCAACCAACCGAUCUUGGAAACUGCACACCUGCAUCCUCCGAUAUUAGACAUGCCCCUGAACGUGAACCCGUAGAAUAGACAGGUCCUCCUCGAAACAGGACCCUCAAACCAAGUAACUCACAAUGGCGACGAUUAAACUGGGCUCCCUGCUGAUAAAGACCCUCUCGAAGCCUCUUGCAAACUCAAUAAAACAGCAGGCUAAGAACCACCCAGCAUUCAAGGAUUUUUGUAUAGGAGUAGCACAGAAAACGCAUCAAUGGGAGCACACUCUCAAGACUCGGUUCUUGGGUUACCCAAAAGAAAGCAUCCGGCCGCUGAAUGACACCCGAGCCGUAGAAGCAGGGGCAAAUUUCAUGUCAGAGUCUAUAAUUUUCUCCGUCGCCGUCGCAACAAUAUUGGCAGAAACAUACCGCUCCAGCCGAGCAUCCACAAAACGGCGGCGUGAUGUGGACGACAGUAUCGAGGAAAUGUUAGAAAGGCAUGAAGGGUACAACGAACGGAUAGGACAGUUGGAGGAGAAUGUGAUGCGGUUGACCAAGGAGGUGGAGACGCUGAAAACGGAAAAUCGGGAACUGAGGGCUGGGAUUGGAUGGUUAGGGAGGGCAGUAGGGGUGAAAUGGGAAGGGGAUCGCCAGGAUAUGAUGCGAAAGCUGGCAAAGGUGGGUUUUGUGAGAGCGUGCGAGUUGGACACUGGGGAGCAUAUCGGUAGGGGUCCUGCUGGGGGUGGGAACGGGAACGUAACGAACGUUGCCGGCGUGGUUACCCUUCGGUAACGGUGAAAUGAACACGGCUUAUUUGAUUAUUGAUGCGACGUGGAGACUUGACGGGACGCACUAUAGCAUGUCGCCUAUGUAUAUAUAUACGCAAAAAUCACGCAUGUGCGACUUUCGUCUCAUUAUUCUG